UAGGAUUUUUUGAUAAAUUUUCUAAUACUCUCAAACACGUAUCAAAACCUAACGUUGCUAAAACGUCGGACAGUGGCAUUUGUUUGAUCGAUUUUUCCCUUCUCCAGGAGCCUCUGCUGCUAGAUUUGAAGAUCCUGAUCCGUAUUAAACGAAGAAGGAAAUGGAUCCCGAUUCAGUGAAAUCCACGCUUUCAAAUUUAGCUUUUGGGAAUGUGAUGGCUGCUGCAGCCCGCGACUAUCAAAAGGAACUGUUGGCUCAAGAGAACAUGCAAGCAUCAAGCUCUGUUAAUCAAGAAGUCGAUCUUGAUGAAUUAAUGGAUGAUCCUGAGCUGGAAAAAUUGCACGCUGACAGGAUUGCUGCUCUUAAGAAAGACGCAGAGAAGAGACAAGUGAUGAAAAUGCAAGGUCAUGGAGAGUACCGCGAGAUAACUGAAGCUGACUUUUUGGGUGAAGUUACUGGCAGUGAAAAAGUCAUUUGUCAUUUCUAUCAUCGAGAGUUCUACCGUUGCAAGAUUAUGGAUAAGCAUUUGAAGGCUCUUGCUCCAAAACAUUUUACCUCAAAAUUCAUCAAAUUGGAUGCUGAGAAUGCUCCUUUCUUUGUUACGAAGCUAGGAAUAAAAACGUUGCCAUGCGUCAUACUUUUCAGGAAAGGAGUUGCAACUGAUAGGCUAGUCGGAUUUCAAGACUUGGGAGGGAAAGAUGAUUUUGCCACAAGAACCCUUGAGACUUUCCUGUUGAAGAAAGGAAUAAUCGAUGAGAACAAACAAGAUCAAGAGGAGGAUGAUUAUCCUGAAGGUAUUCGCAGGACAGUGAGAACAUCUUCUAAUCAAGAUUCUGAUUCUGACUGAAAACAAGAGUAAUGACUUCAAUCAAUUCCAUUGUGCGUCCGAUUUCUUAUCAGUUUCAGGAGAAACUCUCACUGAUAUAGUAUUGGGGUAAAUUUGCAAAUUUCUGCCUCAGUGAGUGUAGAAUUUAUAUGCAUAUCAUGUAUUAAUAUGGCAUAUCUCAGUUUUGUGAGACUGCUAAAAUCAUUAGAUGAUUGUGUAAUCAUAGCUUGUAUACAUACAUGUGUUUUAUAAACUCUGGCUGCUUGUCUUUUGAUAUAA